CCUCAUUCCACGCAUGGCCAUGUCGCUCCUCCGUACCUCUCGCCUCGCGCGCAGUGCCGCGCCGCUGCUUGCCACGCGCGCCUUCUCCACGUCGCUGGCGGCGCAGCGCGACGUCAAGAACAUCACCGUCUUCGGCGCGGGCCUCAUGGGCGCCGGCAUCGCCCAGGUCAUGGCGCACAAGGGCGGCUACAACGUCACGCUCGCCGACGUGUCGGACAAGGCACUGCAGACGGGCAGCAGCAUCAUCAGCAAGUCGCUCACGCGCAUCUUCAAGAAGAGCAUGGCCGACAAGAGCGCCGACGAGCAGGCCGCCGCGGUCAAGGACAUUGUGGGCAAGAUUGCGUUCAGCAAGGACGCAGCGCAGGCCGUCGAGAAGGCGGACCUCGUCGUCGAGGCCAUCAUCGAGAACGUCGGCAUCAAGCAGGAGCUCUUCAAGUUCCUCGACGGCAAGGCGCCCAAGGAGUGCAUCUUCGCCACCAACACGAGCAGCCUCAGCGUCACCGACGUCGCCAGCACCGUGAGCGCGGAGCGCAAGAAGGUCUUUGGCGGCUUCCACGCCUUCAACCCAGUACCGCAGAUGAAGCUCGUCGAGAUCGUGCGCACCAAGGAGACGACGCCCGACGCCUUCGACACGCUCACGGGCGUGGCGAAGCAGAUGGGCAAGGUGCCCGUCUCGUGCGUCGACUCGCCGGGCUUCAUUGUGAACCGCCUGCUGGUGCCGUACAUGCUCGAGGCGAUCCGCAUGGUCGAGCGCGGCGAGGCGAGCAAGGAGGACGUCGACACGGCCAUGAAGCUCGGCGCUGGCUACCCGAUGGGCCCCUUCGAGCUCUCGGACCUCGUCGGCCUCGACACGCUCUCGCACAUCGCAAAGGGCUGGCGCGAGACGCGCACGCAGACGGGCGAGAUCUCGGCAGAGGCCGUCAAGGAGUCGGCGCUGCUCGAGGACCUCGUCAAGGACGGCCGCACGGGCAAGAAGAGCGACAAGGGCGGCUUCUACCAGUGAACGCGCCGGAGCAACGGAACACACCACGUAGCAUAGAUCACGCCUAAUCGUAACCCUCUUGUCGUG